AUCUCGGAGAAGAACACAAAAGUGCCGCUUCCGCAUUGCUUCCUUGUUUAUUAGUUUAGGAGAAAAUAGUGUAGUCUGUGUUUACGAGAGAAAAAGUUUGUUUUCUUUCCCUGGAAACUGCGAGAACUUACUCAGAAGUUUUUUAGAGUGAGUUGGCUGUUUGGUGUGUGCUGUUGUUGGUCUCCACCUACUUGAGCAGCUCUCCCUGACGAGAAGAAACUCAGCAUCUGAGUUUCACCAGAACAAGCUUGAUUUCAGUGAACAUUCUGAAUGGCCACAGCUGCAGAAGAGCCUCCAGGCUCAGAACUACAGAGCCACAAUGGCAAUUCGACUGGAGCUCGUAAAAAUGCUUAUCCAGAGGGUUCAAGCCCCACCAUGACUCAGGCCAUGAAAAAGACGAUUGGCCAUCGAGGAAUUGAUCCCAGUGGGGAGACCACAUACAAGAAGACAACCUCAUCAGCCCUCAAAGGUGCUAUCCAGUUAGGCAUCACACACACGGUGGGCAGCUUAAGCCAAAAACCUGAAAGAGAUGUUCUGCUGCAUGACUUUGAAGUGGUGGAAAGCAUCUUCUUCCCAAAUGAGGGCAGCAACUUGACACCAGCACACCACUAUGGAGACUUCAGGUUCAAGACAUAUGCUCCUAUGGCUUUUCGUUACUUUAGAGACUUGUUUGGAAUCCGUCCUGAUGACUACAUGUAUUCUCUGUGUAAUGAGUCGCUGAUUGAGUUGUCAAACUCUGGUGCCAGUGGAUCACUGUUUUACCUCUCAAGUGAUGAUGAAUACAUCAUUAAAACGGUUCAGCACAAAGAGGCAGAAUUUUUGCAGAAACUGCUUCCAGGAUACUAUAUGAACCUGAACCAGAACAAGCGCACCUUACUACCAAAGUUUUAUGGACUCUACUGUGUCCAGGCAGCAGGAAAAAACAUCCGCAUCGUAGUGAUGAACAAUUUGCUGCCAAGUACAGUGCGAAUGCACCUCAAGUUUGAUCUUAAGGGCUCCACCUAUAGGCGACGGGCGUCAGCUAAAGAGAGGGAAAAGGCUGUUCCCACAUUCAAGGACCUGGAUUUCUUGCAGGAUACGCCUGAAGGGCUGUUACUGGAGGGGGACAUGUACAAUGCUGUUUGCAAGACCAUUCAGAGAGACUGUCUGGUCUUGCAGAGUUUCAAGAUAAUGGACUACAGCCUUUUGGUGGGAAUCCACAAUUUAGACCAGGCCUGUCUAGAGCAGCAGAGUGAGGAGGCUAUGGCAGGGGCCAUGGAUCAGAGGAGGCCACAAGGCCAAAAGUCCCUGUACAGAACUGCUAUGGAGGCCAUCCAAGCAGAUACAGCAAGCAUAGGAUCAUUGGACACAGACCAAACUGGAGGAAUACCAGCACGAAACUCAAAAGGCGAGAGGCUUCUAGUGUACAUUGGUAUCAUUGACAUUCUGCAAUCCUAUAGACUUGCGAAGAGGCUUGAACACUCGUGGAAAUCACUGGUUCACGACGGGGAUACUGUAUCUGUUCACAGACCAGGUUUUUAUGCAGAGCGGUUUCAGAGGUUCAUGUGUGGUACACUCUUCAGGAAGGUCUCAUUGAAGAACUCACCGUCUAAGAAGCGCCGUGCAAUGGGCCAUGGUCCUGCGAGAAAACCAGCUGGUGCCGGGCCUCCUUUCUUCUCUCAAAUCAGCAGCAGCAGCAGCCAGUAUGCUGUUCUCCAACAUCAAAUCAGCACUGAGACCAGAGACGAAACGGAUGGAGACAAUGUCAUAAAAUCAGGUCGUCCUGACCUGCUCCCUAAGGCCUUACUGCCCAGAAAUGAUGGUGACUCUGCAGAAACCACCACCUCCUUGGAAAAGCCUGGACUUAUUCCCACAUUUCAGCCUGCGCCUCAGUCUCAAGAUACAUCCAAGUCAGUGGGAGUGGAUAUUAACAAAAUGUUGAGUAAACAUAUGGAGAGCAGUGCCUCCAGAAGAGCUCAGUUAGAGGUUCCUAAAGAAAACCUUGGUGCCCAAAAAGCAAUUGUGACGUAGUUCCUCACACAAACAAGAAUGUAUGCAGGAAUGAGACUCAAAUGAACCCAAAUUGAGCUGAGAGGAUGUUUUGAGCGUAGAUGAAAUAUUAUAACCCCCUUCGUGUUACUAGAGGUACCAUAAUUGUUACAGUCUCAGCAUGACCAAGUUGGAUUUUUCAUCGUUUUAUAUUAUUGUUAUUUUUGCACUUUGAUUUCCAAAUCUAAUCAUGGGAAGAAUAUGUAAAUGGGUGUGUUCUGACACUAUUGAGUGUGGGUGAAUUAAUACUUAGGUUAUUAAAUGCUGUUUGUCAUCCAAUAAUGAUCUUAGGCUCACCACUGAAGAUGGUACAGUGUAGGGAGUAACAUUCAGGGAGAACUUUGCCUUAUUUCAGACCAAAACUUCCCAAUUCAUUCCUGUCUUGUUUCUUCAAGUUCAUGAUCACACAGCUGCAGCACAUCCUAUGCAAGUGUGUCGGGUCAGAAUACUCUAGACACUUUAAAGCUGCAGUAGGCAGGAUCACUGGAAAAUGUUGAUUGUUGAUUUUCACCUGCAGUUUCUUUAAAUAUUCAUGUUUUGUGUCUGAGCUCCUCUCAUCAGAGGCACACAGACAGAUGCACUUGUACCUUGCACAACAGAUGACCCGAUUCAAUUCCCAAAAGUGUCUGCUUAUAUUUUUUUAUUGCGUUUGUCUGUGUCUGAGACUCUUUCCAUUUUAAGGUUUCUUUGUCAUGUAGGCAGUUGUUGCGGGUGCUAGAGUAACACCGAGGGAACCUGUAUGCAGAGUAGGUGAAGUGGUUCAGCCUCUGCUCUCUUUGAACUGCCCUGUGAUUAGUAAGAGUCUCCUUCCACUCUCUGAACUGUUCUAUGAUUGGUCACUUCCUCCCACAGAAGCGUUCUCUCAUGGUUAUUGUGGGAAUUAUUGACCAAAAAGCCCCCCAAGAAAUCUUGCCUACUGCACCUUUAACACAA